AUGGGUACAGCAUCUGACGAUGUUAACGGAGACUUUCUUAGAGGAGAAGACCGCUUAGGUUUGGAUCCGAAGCGUGCGAACCAUGUGGUCGUGUUUACCAGCAUCUGCGACGGAAGUUCCGGGAACUCGGCUGUAGCAGCGCAAGCGGCAGGUGUAGCUGAGGCGGCUGUAGCCGCGGGGCCGGCGGGGCGCGGAGGAGGGUGGGCGGGUGCCGGCGGAGUGGCGAAAGUACAGGCGAUGUUCGCACCACUGGGAAUUCAAGUCUCGUGGGUUGACGUUGGCGCUACGGAUGGGGUGGUGGGGGCAGCAGCAGCCGAUUCGCGCGCGCAGGAUCGGCGUGAUAGUAACGAAGGGUGCAGGUCGGCCGCACAAGGAGGGAGCGCAGCUGCAAGGGAAGCGAAGAACGCGGCGCUGAACGCGGGCUGGUCGCUCUUGAGAUUAAAGCCGUAUAGUUCAGCAGGAGGAGCAGACUGUCACUUAAUAUCCGCGGUAUGGGAGGGAGUAGCAGGGAAAACGGAGCCGCUAGCUGCUUGUCGGAUGCUGCUUCCUUGCAAAACGGCUGCAUUGGUAGGACACGGCAAUCCCGAGGUCAAGGGUGGGGGUAUGAGUCUGGGUGGAUUGAGUGGGGGGCAGGAGACUCUGCCUUCAAACACCCAGGUGCAAUGCUUUUUGAGAGCCUAUACCGUAGCUGCUGCUGCUGCAGACGCGACGAAAGCUUCUUGCGGAUUCAGCAGGGGGGCUUAUAGCGAGUACGAAGGCGAAUACGACGGCCUGGAGAUUACAGUUUCAAGAGCCAGUAGGAUUCUUUCCGGCAACGUGGAGCUGACGCUGCUAGACAUCCAACAGAGAGUAGAGAGUCCACGGACAGAAGCAGCUGAGGCGCUUGGGGGGAGCACUGGAGCUGGAGGAAGGGUGGAGGGGAUUGAUACGAGGGGUUCUGAUAGGGCUGGAGUUGCUCAGGACGAUCCGUUUCUCCAGUACGUUCUUCUGGAGAAGAAACCCUCGGUCACAGGCGGUGGUGCUGCAAAGGAGCCGCAAGGAGAGCUGUUUGGGGUUCUACUGAGGUUUUUGGAGGGGGAGGGGCUGGAGGCGCAUGUGUAUGUGAAGAGCAAGCGGGUGUCGUGCGCGGGGAUCGUUGCGCCGUUCGCUGGGCAUGCGGCCGUGCUGAGGAUCCGAGACUGCCCGACUUUGCUGGGUCGUCAGCGACGCAAGCCUGAGAGGCCGCUGAGGAAGCCGGAAGGGGUUAAGCAGUGUCGUAGCCGUGGGUUUCCGGUGUCUGGUAGAGGGUGUGCGAAGCGGAGGCUCCAGGAACGGCGUGAACAGGGUUACCAGCAGGAGGGUUACCAAGACGCGAAGCUGCUCCGUAGUGGUGUUGGGGAGAAGCAGGCGAAGGUGGAUAAGGGAAGGGCCGAUGGGGAAGGAGGGAGUGGGAGAAGGACGGGUACAGGGAGGGAGCGGCAUAGACUGCGGAAGGAGGAGGAGGAUUAUAAGGAGGUGGUGAGUGGCUGUGGAGGCGUGUGGAAAGGGGAGGAGGGAGAGAAACGACGUGCACUGGGGGAGAGAAAGAGGUCAAGAGCGCCGGGAUAUAGAGAGACGAAUGAUCGGGUUGCGAGGGGUGGGAGGGGUGAGAGAGCGGUGAGGGCGGAGAGGGAAGGUUAUGGGACAGGCGGCAGGGCGGAUGAGUGGGAGGCUGGACAGCAGCUGGUGGUGUUCUCAGAAGCGGAUAGGCAGGAGACGUGGGGAGAGGCAGAGGGACGGUAUGGGGGUUUUGAGGGGGGAGCAGGCGGGAUGGAGGGGGAGGCGGAAAGGGAGGCGGAGGCGGAGGAGGAAGAGGGGUCGACCGGGGAGUGUGAGGGGGAAGGGGAGAACGAGACAGAUUUCGUUAUAGGAACACAGGCGUCGCAGGUUGCAGGGGAGGGGGGUGGGCGGCAAGCCGUGGCAGGGGCGGUGUGGGAAGGGAGUAAUGGACAGGAGGGGUCGCAUGUGCAUGAAUGGGAGGGUUCUGAAUGGGGUCUAGGGGCUGAUUUUGGCCAGAAACGGUCGGGUUUAGCAGGAAAGGGACAGGGAUUUGGGAAGGGGGGGCGAGUAGCCGAAGGGGGUGGGAGUGUAGAUAUCUGCGAGAAUGGCAGCACAAGAUACAAUGACGAAGGUGCUUGUAACGAGCGGACGGAAGGCUCGUGCAGGAGAGGUGCGUUGGGUGAUGAUGUGGCGUGGGAUGAAGCGAGAGAGUAUGAGGAAGCUGAGCUGGCAUUUCUUCUGAGCCAGCAAGAGAGUCAGCCAGGUGGCGGGGAGACCGGGAUAGCUGCAUGUGGGGACCAGAUGACGUGUCACGAGGCGUCGCGAGCAGCAGUGGGAGGGGACCACAUGACACGGCUUACAGCCAUGCUGAGUCAUACCUGGGCGGCAGCGAGAGGUGGACAGUGGAAGGUGCAGGGGGGUAAAUCUGGAAGGGCAAGAAGAGCGUCAGGAAGGGAUAAGAGCAGAGGAGAAGAGGGAGCAGAGGAAGCGGCAGGAUCGGAAAGAAGGGUAGUAACAGCAACAGAGGCAGCACUCCUCAGGGGAAGAUCUGUAGGAAAAAACGAGCAGACACAGGAACAAGAGCAGGGCAAGGAAGAAGGGAGGAGAAGGGUGGUGGGGGGAGGGCAAGGGGUAGACAGAGCACAGGGGCGGGUAUCAUGUGAAGAAGGGUUACAGAUGGUGCUGUGGGAUGGAGUGGGACAGGGAGGGACAGGGGGAGGGGCUAGUGGGGAGGCUGGGAGAAUGGAGGGUUCUGAGCGGGAGGGCAAGGGCGGACGAGAGGGCCUGGGGGGGAACAAGGGGAAGGGGUUGGGGGGGCGCAUGGCAUACGUGGGGGUGGGACCCGUUGAGAGUGUUGACAGGCUGGCAGAACGCAUGGCUGACGUGCUGCAUGACGUGGCAGCGGAUCUGUACAGUGCUGCCGCAAGAUUGGUGCGGGAGGCGCGGCGAUUGUUCCGAGAAGAGGCAACAGCGAGGAGGAGGAGUGGAGGGGAGGGGAACAAGUCAGGCGCUGAGAGGACAGACGAGGGGGAAACUGGGAGGCGGACAGAGGAGGGGGAAACUGAGAGGCGGACAGAAGAGGAGGAGGUGGAAAGGCGGGUGCACGAGGCUCUGCUGUUAGGCAAGGCGGAUUUGCAGCAGCGGUUCCCAGUGGGCCGCUGUGUUGAAACACAUGAGAUCUCGAGACCUGGGGAGCCGGGACCGCCAACGCUGGGAGACAGAGUCCGCUGCCACGAGCUGCAAAUUCUGCUGCGUCUGGAGCUGCUUCCCUGCGACCUCCCCUCGCACCCUCUGCUGUCGCGAUUCGCUAAGCAGACCCGCACGCUGCUGGAGAUGGUGGACUUGAGCCGGGAAGGAGGUGUGUUUGGGGAGAGCCUGGAGGAGUAUGUGCGGCGACUGCUGUGUGGGAGGUACCGCACCGAAUUUCCCAACUUCCUCUCGCUCCUCUUCUCCAAGCUUCGCUUCCAAAGCAGUCCCCUCAUCGCCCCUCCUCCGCCCCCGGCUGUAGCGCGAGCUGGUUACCACCCAGGGGUGCCAGAGCCCGCUACAGCCGUCACUCCCCCAGAGGCAGGCGGGAAUGCUGGCCCUCCCGAGAAUGCUGCUCGGGGAGGGAGUGCUGGUUCGGAUGGGCAUGCUGGGAUGGAAGAGGGAGAUAAUGCUGCUGGGCACGCCACGAUUGUGCGUGAUCUGUCGCGUGCCUUUGAUGCUGUGGCGGGGGGAAGGGAGGGACGGGAGGGGGAGGAGGAGGAGGAGGAGCAGGGGCAGGAAGAAGCUGCAGAAGGAGAGGAGGGUAAGGAGGAUGGAGAGGUGGGGGAGGAGGAAGAGGGAGAGAUGGGGGAGGAGGAGCAAGAGGAGGGAGAGGAACGGGAGGAAGGAGAGGGAGAGAAGAAGAGGGAUUUGGGAGUGGAGCAGGAGGAGGGAGAGGAGGAAGGAGAGGAGGAGGGAGAAGUGGGGGACGAUGAGCAAGAGGAGGAGCAAGAAGAGGGGCAAGGGGAGGUGCAAGAAGAGGAAGAGGUAUCAUUCAAUGGGGUAUCAGUGCGGGUUCGUCUGGGACAACAGGCCAGUGAACGGCACAGAAGCUUGGGCAUGAGCCGGGGUGUGACUAUAGCGGGCUGCCAAAGCAAGAGCCAGAGUGUGAGUAUAGCAGGGUCUGGCGGCCGUGGCUCAGUGCAGCAGAGAGGUGGGUUUGGUCGAGCUUACCCUGUUUCUUCCGCCUUCCAGGGGGAGAGGCAGGGGCAGAAACAGGGUGAGAGGCAAAAAGGAAGACAGGGGGAGAGGCAGGGGGAAAGGCAAGGGGAGAGACAGGGGGAGGGGCAAGGGCAGAGUUGUCAGGAGAAGACACGGCAGCAGUCACAGGGGUUUCAAAAGCCACGAAACCGCCAGCAGCAGCAGCAGCAGCAGCAGCAGCAGCAGCAGCAGCAGCAGCAGCGCCUGUGGAGUGAGGCUGGUGCGGAAUCUUCUGGCAACUGCUCUGCUGGUGCAGGCAUGCGCAGCAGUGCUUUUGAAGCACCUCUGAAGUCGUCUCAGUACUCGGGGAAAUGCUCUGGUGGGGGGAUGAAUGUGCGGGGCAGUGUGGGUGCCACUGGGCGAUGCAGUGGUAGUGUGAGCAGGAGGUCGGGUAGCUGUGCCCCUGCUGCUCCGGGAGUGCAGGUCGGUGCCCCUCGUACUGUUCCUGGUAACGCCCCUGUGGACGUGGCGAAUAUGACCAAUCGGGCGGCGAGGAUUCUGAAAGCUGCAGCAGCUGCUGCUGGUGGCGGCACUGGCUUAAAGGUUACUGGAGCAGGCGUAUCUGGUGCAGGUGUAUCUGGUGCAGGUGCCACUGCAUUCGCAAACCUGGGAAAGAAUAGGCUUGGGACCCAAGGAGCAGGAGGAGCAGGAGCAGGAGGUGGUGGAGGAGGAGGAGAGAAGGACCUUUACACUCGGAAAGUGGAGAAGACAUUAGAAAAGGCAGGAUUGAAAGCAGGGUUAGAGGAAAGGAGAGGAGAAGAGGGGGGCGGCUUGGGACAGGCAAAAGGAAUUGGGAAACAAGAUGCUUACAGUGGAGGAAGGAAGUUUGUAAACCAUCCGUACGGGGAUGAGAAGAAGACAAACCUUGUGAGCCAGUUCUCCAAGUGGCACAGCGCCCUGCCGCCCAAAACCUUUCGCCGCCCGAUGCAGCAGCAGAAGCUUCCGUUCGGUCUUCCAAGAAGCUCCUCCGGUGGUGGUGCUGGUGCUGGUGCUGGUGCUGCUGCUGCUGCUGGUGCUGCUGCUGGGAAAGGAGGUGCUACUACAGGGGGUGGGAAACGUGCUGCAGGGACUGCUGCUGAUGGCAUUUUCCGCGAUCGACUGAGUGGCAAGGGUAGCGUGAGUAGCACUGGCGCCGCCGCCGCCGCCGCUGCUGCUGCUGCAGGUGCUGCUGCUUCUCUGUCAGUGUCUGUAUCAGUAUCUGUUCCUGGGGAUCUUCCCCCUGAUACCUCGGCAGCUGCUUCCGUAGCUGUGCCAGCGGUUCGGGCAGGUGGGCAGGCCGACGGACCUGUGGUUCGGAAAUCAGGCUCGGGCAGCGGAGGGUUCAUGCUGAUUGGUCGGCAGAGCAGCCUCGGCAGGCUGGUAUUGACUCAAGAAAGCAGCAGGGAAGGGGGGGUUGGGGGGGACCAAGCGAAUGGGUCGAAUCAGGAAGGGAUGCUGCUGGGGGGGAGUGACGCUGUUAUUCCAGCGCCGCUGACUGCUAGUGGGUGGAUUAACCGCCGUCAACCUUGCCUUGCGGCUGGUAGUGGUGGUGGCGCUGCCACUGCUGCUGAUUCUCGCGCUGCUGCUGCUCCUGAUGUUUCUCGUGCUGCUGCUGGUGGUUACGCUGCUGCUGGUGGGGAGGGUGGGAACGAGCAGCAGGCACAGAAACAGGGGGGCGACAGAGAGGAGGCGGAAGAGAGGGAGCAGGAAGCGGAAGGAACAGCAUUUGCAACAGGAAUGCAGACGAUAUUUGAGGGGAAUAAAAGGGUGGAGCAGGGGGAGAAGGAGGUGGAAGAGAGGGGGAAAUCAGAGGAAGGAGCGGAAACAGCAGCAGCAGCAGGAGCAGCAGCACACGCGAAAGCAACAGGAGAAACGGAAGCAUCAGCAGCAGCGGAAAGAGCAGAAGAAUUGGAAAUAGCAGCAGCAGCAGGAACGCGGAUGGGCCUCAGGCGUGGACGCAAGCCCACGAAGCCUUGCAAGAUUGAGCUGCGACGCCCCAAAAGGUUGGGGAAAGGGAAGGGAGAAGUGGAAAGGGAGGAGGGAGAGGAGGAAGAGGGGGAGCAGCGAGAGGAAAGAGAGGAAGCAGCGAUGAGCCUCAGGCGUGGACGCAAGCCCACGAAGCCUUGCAAGAUUGAGCUGGGACGUCCCAAAAAGGUGGGGAAAGGGAAGGCGGUGGAAGAGGAGGAGGACGUGAAGGAGGUGGAAGGGAGGGAGGAAGUGAAGGAGGUGGAAGGGAGGGAGCAUUUUAGGGAAGAAGCAGAGGCGGUGGGAGCAGGGAUGAGUCUCAGACGCGGACGCAAGUCUGGGAAUCCUCAUAAGCUGGUACCGGAGCGGCCUAAGGGGGUGGGGAAAGUGAAGGGGGGAGAAGUGGAACGUAAGAGAGGAGGGAAAGCCAAAGGGAAGGCGAAUGAAGAGAAUGAGAAUGGAAGAAAUGGUUCCCCUCGCUGCACGCGGUCACGAGGGAGAGCAGAGGAGGAAGAGAAGGAAGAGGAGGAAGAGAAGGAGGAGGUGGAAGAGAAGGAAGAGGAGGUAAAGGGGGAAGAGGAGGAGCGAAGGGAGAGGAGAAGUGGCAAUGGAAAGACGAGGAAUUCAAAUCAAGGGGCAAGAAAGAAGGGCGACGCUGAUGUUGGGGGUCGUUCCACGCCCCACACGCGAUCACGAGGGGGAGUAGAGGAAUCUGGGAAUUUGGGCAGGGGAAUGGUUACACGACAACGGAUGGUUACGGGGGCUAGUAUGCAGGGGAUAGCUGGAAAGCGCGGGGUGCAGAUAGGAGAGAAGCGAGGGCAGGGAGUGAGGCGAGGAGUGGGAAGAGGAGGGAAGGGAAGGGGGGGAAGGGUGCGAGGUGAGAGAGGGAAUAAGGGGGUGGAACAGGUGGAAGGGGGAGAGGGGGAAAGUGAAGUGGAAGAGGUAGGAAAGGAGGGGGAGGAAGAAGAAAGGAAGGGUGAGGAGGAGGAGAGAGAGGAGAAAGGAGAUGGUGGGGAGGAGGAGGAAAGGAAAGGAGAGGAGGAGAAGAGAGAGGAGAAGGCGAAGGGAGGGGAGGAUGAGAUGGAAGAGGAAGAGAAGAGCGAGGAGGAAGGCCAAGGGGAGGCACAAGAGCAGGGAGCUGGGUUGAAGGGAGGUGAUAGAGGGAAUGAUGAUGGGGGGAAAGAUGGGGGAAAGGGCGGGGGAAACGACAGUGGUAACGAUGGGGAGAAUGACGGAAAGGGAGGUGAAAAUGGUGGGAAGGGGACAGAGAGAGUGAAAUAUCAAGGUGGGCAAGAGGAGAGGGGAAGGAAAGGGGGAACUGCGGAUGGGGAGACGAGAGAAGGGCAUGGGAGGGGGGAAAGGGAAGGGGACGGGAAAGAAGGGGAGGAGAUGGAAGAAGGAGAGGAAAGGGAAAACGGAGUAGAAGAAUGGGGAGGGAAUGAGGGAGAGGAUGCUAAGAAGGAAGAGAAGGACUUCCGAACUGGGAAGAACGGAGAAUGUGAGAAUGAUGAGUGGCGGGUGGGGGGCAGAAAAGAGGAGGAGAGGGAGGAGGAAAGCGAGGAGAAAACGGAGGAGGAGAAACGAGAAGAGGACAGGUUGGAGGAAAGGGAGGCAAGUAUAGAGGAGGGGAGGAUGGAGGACGAAGAGAAAGGAAGGGAUGAACAGAAGAAGUUUGUGGAUGGAAUCAAUGGUGAGGGAGAGGAGGAGGCGGAGGGGGAGACGGAGGAGGAUGGGGAGGCGAAGGAGAAAGAGGAGGAGGAAGAGGAGGAGGAGGAGAAGAAAGACGAGGAGAAAGAUGCGGGGGAAGAGGAGAAAGAGGAGGGGGAAGAAGAGGGGGAAGAGGGGGCGAAAGAGGAGUCGAAAGAGGAGGAUAAAGAGGCAGAAAACGAGAGGGAGGAAGAGGAAGAUGAGAAUGGGGAGGCAGCAGGGGUGAAAGAGGAAGGGGAGGAGGAAGGGACGGGGGGUGGGGAUGGGUCGGAGGUUGGGGAAAGGGGCCAAGGAGAGGGAGAAGCUGCGGGUGAGGAGAAAGGAGAUAAGGAAGAUGAAGAGGAGGUAGAGGAAGAGAAAGGGGAGGAGGAGGAAGAGAAAGGGGAAGAGGAGGAGGAGGGUGAGGAAGGGAACGAGGGUGAGCAAGAAGGUGGAGGGGAGGAGGGUGAGAAAAGGGAAGAGGGAGAGAAGGCAAGGAAAGAAGAGGUGGAAGGCGAAGAAGGGAAAAAUGGAGAGGAGGAGAUGGAGGAAGGGGAAGAGGGAGAGGAAGUGGAGGAAGAGAAAGAGGAGGGGAAGGGUGAUGAAGGCGAAAAGGGAGAGGAGGAAGGGAAAGAGGAGGUGGAGGAAGGGGAAGAGGGAGAGGAAGUGGAGGGAGGGAAAGAGGAGGGGAAGGGUGAUGAAGGGGAAAAGGGACAGAAGGAAAGGAGAGACGAGGUGGAGGAAGAGGAAGUGGAGGGAUGGAAAAAGGAGGGGGAGGAAGAGAAAGAGGAAGGGGAGGAAAGGGAGGAAGGGGAGGAGGGAGAGGAAAUGGAGGAAGGGAAAGAGGAGGUGGUGGAAAGGGAAGAGGGAGAGAAAUUGGAGGGAGGGGAAAAGGAGGUGGAGGGCGAGGAAGGGGAAAAGGGAGAGGAGGAAGGGAAAGAGGAGGGUGAGGAAGUGGAAGAUGGAGAGAAGGAAGAACGAGAGGAGGUGGAAGACGGGGAAGAGGGAGAGGAAGUGGAGGGUGAGGAAGAAAGGGUCCUGAACUUAGUGGAUGGUAUUGAGGAAGGGGAGGAGUGUGAGAGAGGGAAAGAGGGAGAGGAGGAAAGGGAAGAGGAGGUGGAGAAAAGGAAAGAGGAGGUGGAGGAAAGGAAGGAGGAGGCGGAGGAAGGGGAAGAGGGAGAGGAGGAAGGGAAAGAAGUUGACGGUGAGGGUGUGGAAGAAGAGCUCCUGAUUGCAAUGGAGGAUAUCGAGCAAGGGGAGGAGAAUGCGGAAGAGGGAGAUAACAAGGAAGAGAGAGAGGAAGAGGGUCGGGAGAUAGAGCAAGGAGAGGAGGAAACGGAAGUGAAAGAGGAAGAGGGUCACGAGGAAGAGCAUGGGGAGGAGGAAGCGGAAGAGGGAGAGGAAGAAGGAGAGAAAGAAGGAGAGGUUCAGGAGAUUGAGGAGCGAAUUGAGAAAGCGGGAGUUGGAGUGAGAGGGACAUCUGGAGCAAGCUCUGGGGGGAGAGAAGAGCAGCGAAAUGGGGAAGGGCAAGAGGGACGUGAGGAGGAAGAGGAGCAGGAAAGGAAGGAUGAGUUGGCAAACGAGGGAGCGGAAGAGGAAGAGGAAGAGAGAGAGGGAGAGGCGAAAAAAGAGGGAGGACUGGAGGAAGAAGGUGUGAUGCAUCGAGCGACAGAGAAGGAGCGAAGGGAGAUGGAGCACGCGGAGGAUGUUGGAAAGCAGCAGAAGGGGAGGGAAAACGGGAAGGAGGGGGAGGAGACUGAGGGAAGUGGGGAGAAGCGAAGCAGUGCGCAGGUGCAGGGAGGUGGAGAGGGGGAGGAUGGUGUGGGAGGGACGGUGGGAUGCAGGAAAAGAAGAAGGGAAGAGGGUGAUGGGGGUAGGGAGGGGGGCGUGGAAGAGGAGAGGCAGCCUAGUUGUAUGGUUGCUCAAGGGAUGAGUGAGGGAGGAGCAGGGUUGCAUGCAGGGGCAGAAAAGUUACCUGAGGAGGGAGUUGAGAAUGGGAAAAAGGGAGGAGCAGGAGCAGGAGCAGGAGCAGGAGUGGAGAGUGAUAAUGCAGGGUCGACCAUGCAUGAGGAGGACGAGGUGGUUGGAGGGACGAAGAAGAAACGAAGGACAGUCCAGGGCCGCGUAUCAACUCUGGUGGAUUCACCUCAGGGAUCGUCUCAGCACACGAAAAAGAAGACAGUGCAGAGUGGCAAAGCAAAGAGUGUUGAUGCUGAGUCCCCUCAGGGAUCGUCUCAGCGCACAAAAAAGAAGACAGUGCCGAGCAACGUAGCACCGCUGGUUGAGUCGCCUCAAGGAUCGUCUCAGCUCACUAAAAAGAGGGUGGUGCAGAGCAGCAUAGCAGCACUUUUCCUGAGAAGAGCUGGGGGAAAGCCUGUGAGUCAGUCGAGAAAAGGGGGUGUGGGAGCGGGGGAUGUGGGAAUGGGGGGUGUGGAAGCGGGGGGUGUGGGAGGGGGGGGUAUGGAAGCAGGGGGUGUGGGAGCGGGGGUUUUGGGAGAGGUAGAGAGGGGGAGCCAUCAGCAGGGAGACAUGCAGGGAGCGACGUGUGGGGAGGAAGCAGCAGUGGGAGUGAAUGGGGUGGCUUGUGCGAAGGCAGGAGGGGGGGGUGCAGGGACGAGGACGGAAGGGGGAAGUGCAGAUGCGAAGGCAGGUGGGGGGAGUGCUGAUGCGAAGGCAGGUGGUGCAAGUGCUGGGGCAAGGACGGGUGGAGGGAGUGCGGGGAGGAAGACGAAGGGGCGGUUGCAGGAUAUUCGACAGUGGUUGGGAGUGGUGGUGGAUGGCGGGAAGAGGUUGGAAGAAGGUAAGGGAGAGAGAGGAGGGCUGGAGGGAAGGAAUGGAGAGGGACAGAGAGGAGGGCUGGGAGGAGGGGAUGGAGGAGGAAUGGGAGGAGAGGAAGGAGGAGGGGAUGGAGGGCAUAAACGGAAGAAACCGUCGAAGGGGGGAGAGAAGCAGGAAGCGUUGGAGAGGGGAGGGCAGGAAGAAACGGGGAAGGUGCUUGCUUUGAGACGCCUCAUAUCACAGGAGUGGCGCAUGGAUCCUCAAGCCGUGUCAUCUUCCCUCAACAGCAACAGCAGCGCCGCUGGUGCUGCUGCUUCUAUCAGUAACUGUACUCCCACCACCAACAAUACCAACCCCAACAACAACGCCACCCCCAAUAGAAACACCAAGCGUGCGUCCAAAAAAGCUGCCAGUAGAAUCAAAUCUGUGGCUGCUGGGGCUGCUGGUGGUUCGCGGCCACCUCCCUUCAACCCCUCCCACAAGCUCACUCCUCAGAAGCGACAAGCUGACUGUCUCUCUGCAAUAGCUCCUUCCUUCUCGGACCACUCCUGCUCGCCUCCUCUUACUCAUGCCCCCUCUCCCCCUCCCCAGAUGGGUGUUGAGAAAUCUGGAAAAGCAGCUCCCUCAUUCUCUGACCACUCCUGCUCCCCUCCUCUUCCUCAUACGGAUUGCUGCACCCCUCAAAAGCGACAAGCUAGUCGCCUACAUUCCCCUUCACCUGCUUCUCCUCCUGCUUUGCCUCCUGCGUCUCCCGCUUCUUCUUCUCCUCCGCCUGCUCCCUCUCCUCCCUCUGCUCCCCCUGCUCCCCGUGUUCCCGCUCCUCCUUCUGCCCCCCCUGCUGCCCCUUCCCCCCCUGCCCCUCCUGCUCCUUCUGCACGUGGGAAGGCAUUGGAAACGCCUCUAAACCCCUGUGAGAAGGGUGCAGCUGAGGGAUCAUGUGAGAAAGAGAAGGGUUCUCAGAGAAAGCUUGGCCCGCUAGCCUCUCUUUUUCACAGGCGCCAACAGUCUCGUGCCGCGCUGCCUGCUCCUGCUACUGUCCUUCCCACUACCCCUCCCUCUGCCCCUCCCAUCUCUCAGCCCAUUGCCCCAGCCUCAUCUCUCGACAUGAACACUGUUCCUUUCACCCAUCCAGCCGCCACAGCACCAACCCCUCCUCUCGCCUUCCCUUCCGUUCCUAUCACUCGCCCGCAUUUUGUGCCGCAAGAGUUUACGAGCCUACACGUUUUCGCCGACCCUGCCACUGUGCCUGUCACCGUGCCUAUCACCAAGCCACCUGCUGUACCUGGUGGUGCUGCUGAACCUGAUCCUGGCGCUGCUGGUCACAAGCUCGGGGGAGGUUCGGGGAAAGCUGGGGCGGGAAAGGAGGUGCCGCUUCCCCCUCCCACGCCUCUCGCUCCCGUCUCUCCCUCUCCUUUGUCUCUGACGUUGCUCUUCCCGGUGCCUUGGACCCUUUAA